AUGAAACCCUCCGGUCAUAUUGAUAAAGUGAUGCACAUAAUUGGUGGAGAAGAAGUUCUAAAGCAUCGAUUGCGGUUGAAAACAACAAUUAUGGUUGUCAAACAGUUGGCUUUACAAGAAAGUUUUUUUAGAGGGCAUGAUGAAUCUGAUGAUUCUUUGAAUCCGGGGAAUGUUCUAGCUUGGAUUGGUUUUGCAGCGAAGUUGAAUGAUCAAAUCAAUAGUGUAGUUCUCCGUAACGCACCAGGAAAUGCGAAAUACACUUCACCAAGCAUCCAGAAGGAGAUAUUGGGAAUCAUAGCAAAUAGAGUGCGUUGUAAGAUACGCGAGGAGAUUGGAGAUUCUUGUUUCUCUAUUCUUGUUGAUGAAGCAGUUGAUGAAGCUGGAAGGGAACAGAUGUCUAUUAUUUUGAGGUAUGUCAGUUCUUCUGGUAUAGUAACUGAACGCUUUUUCGCUCUCAAGAGUGUAGCUGAUACUUCUGCAGAAACACUAAAACAAGCUAUUUGUGAUGUUCUCUCUCAGUAUGACCUUCAAAUUGAAAAAUUGAGAGGUCAAGGAUAUGAUGGUGGUAGUAAUAUGUCAGGACAGUUUAAUGGAGUCAAGGCAUUAUUUCUUAGAGAUUGCCCAUAUGCCUAUUUUGUCCACUGUUUUGCUCACAUAUUGCAAUUGACAUUGAUUACUUCUGCAAAGCUGCAGUUGGAUUUGUUUCCAUGUCAAAAGUUAAACUUCAAAAGCUACGGGAUGAAGGAUGGGACAAGCUACUCCAAGAGGUAA